AUGGCCUGGAGCAGCCGCCGCGACGGGCUGUACUGCCAAGGCUGGCACUGCGACAACUUCGCCGCGUGCGGGUCCUCCUGCGCGAGCCGCGGGCCGCACCGGUGGCACUGCCCCGGGUGCUGCGCGGACGUCUGUGGCGCGUGCGCCCACGUGCCUGGGGCGCCGCCGCCCGGGGGCCCCGAGGAGCUCGGGCCUCCCGUCGUAUCGCGAAUGGCGCCCGCGCGCCGCCAGAACCCGCGCGCCGCCGUGCCAUCGCCGACGCCGCGGCCCGGCGGGCUGACGCUGGUUGCGCCCUGCCCCGAGUUCGGGGUGCAGCCGGAGCCGCCGGACGGGCCGGCGCCGUCCUCGGCCGAGGAGCCCGCGCAGGAGGAGGGCGCCUACUUCCCCGCAUUCUCGCUCACAGGACCUGGGACUUGCUGGUUGCCGCAGGCGACGCUCCAUCGUCCAGCCUGCAGCGCAUGCGGCCGGUCCGGAGCUGGCUAUAGGCGCGGAGGAGGAAUCCGUCGCAGGCUUGUAGCGGGCGGGGCGUCACGCAAUAGUGAACCAUCCCAGCCAGUUCGUUCAGGUGUGCCCGAUGGCGCCGAUAGCUAUGGUGUUGCUUGCUCCCACAAACAGUGA